CGCAAACCUGAGUUCUGCGUGAAGUUUUGCCCACAGACCCUUCUUCAAGAGCUAAUCCGCCGUUCAGCUCCAACUGGUCCACGUUCUUCUCCAGUUUUGCUCGCAACCUUGCAGGCCUACAAUACUACCUGUAAAACUUAAUCAACACUUGAUUUAUAUCGUCAAUGGCGCCGAGGGUUCUCAUGGUGGCAGAAAAGCCGAGCAUUGCUCUCUCGAUUGCCUCCGUGCUCUCCGGUGGCCAAGUAUGCAUACCCUUUCUUUUAUUAUUUGGCUCCAUUAUUUCUAUGUCCCGUGGGUUGAUACUGGGGUUUCAAGGCAUCUUAAUAUUCUAAAUUGAUGUUUACACGGAGGGGUAGUACUGAUGUGCAUGAAUUUGAUGGGACUUUUCUUGGCUCUCGUGUACAAUUUAGAGUGACUUCAGUGAUUGGUCAUGUGUUCAGCAUAUAUAAUCCAAUCUUAUGAGUGAGUAGGUCUAGUUUGAAGCUCUCUUUUGCGAUUAUUCAGUGUAGAUUUUCCAGCAUCAUAUCAAGACUGGGCAUCGACAGAUCCUCUGAAUCUCUUUCAAGCUCCAGUUCGUAAGACAGAGACAAACCCCAAGGCUCACAUUUGUAGGCAUCUAAGCCAUGAAGCACGUGGGUGUGGAUACCUAGUAUUGUGGUUGGACUGUGAUCGUGAAGGAGAAAACAUAUGCUUUGAAGUAAUUGAGUGCACUGGAUUUGACGGGAGUGACAGGGAAAGAGUGCACAGAGCUCGAUUCUCUUCUGUUACUGAAAAAGACAUUCAAAAGGCAAUGAAUAGCCUUGUUCCACCUAACAAAGAUGAGGCAUUGGCUGUAGAUGCACGCCAGGAGAUUGAUCUGAAAGUUGGAGUUGCAUUUACACGUUUCCAGACUAGUUAUUUUAAUGGAAAAUAUGGCAAUCUUGAUGCAAGAGUUAUCUCCUAUGGGCCCUGUCAAACUCCUACACUUGGAUUUUGUGUCGAACGCUACCUGCAAAUUACUACAUUUAAGCCAGAGAAAUUUUGGAUGUUGAAUCCAUACAUAAUAUAUAAGGGAAAUGAACUUAAAUUAGAAUGGGAACGAAACAGGUUGUUUGAUGCAGAUGUCGCUGCAUUGUUUCGCAAUGUAAUUAGAGAGGAUGGAAUCAUGAGAGUUGUUCGUAUAUCUGAAAAUCAGGAAUCGAAAGGUCGUCCUUCCGGUUUGAAUACAGUUAAUCUUCUAAAGGUUGCUUCAAGUGCGCUAGGCUUUGGUCCACAUUUGGCUAUGCAAUUAGCUGAGCGUCUUUACACACAAGGUUUUAUCAGCUAUCCCCGUACAGAAAGUACAGCAUAUCCUUCUUCUUUUGACUUUAGAGGCACACUUGGAGCAUUGAAAUGCAACCCUAUGUUUGGUGAUUACACACAAAGACUAUUAUCUGAAGGCUUUCAUAAACCACGGGGAGGCACUGACGUUGGUGAUCAUCCUCCAAUUACACCAAUGCGUUCAGCAUCUGAAGAUACUUUGGGGAAUGAUGCUUGGAAGCUAUACCAGUAUAUUUGUCAGCAUUUUCUUGCAACUUUAUCUCCAGAUUGCAAGUAUAGAAGGAUAAGAAUUGAGUUUGAAUGUGGCGGAGAACUCUUCCAUUGCACUGGGCAGCUUGUCACUUUGAAGGGAUUCACAUCUAUUAUGCCAUGGCUGGCAGUUAGUGAGAAAAAGCUUCCUGAGUUUCUUGAAGGGGACAAAAUAGCAAUUUCAAAAGUUGACUUAGAUGAGGGAAACACCUCGCCGCCUGAUCACCUAAGUGAAAGCGAGCUGAUCUCUUUAAUGGAGAAAUAUGGAAUAGGAACUGAUGCAUCUAUUCCUGUUCAUAUCAACAACAUAUGUGAGCGCAACUAUGUCCAGGUGCAGGCUGGAAGGAGAUUGUAUCCAACUCCUUUAGGGAUCAGCCUGAUAAGAGGUUAUCAAUGCAUAGAUCCUGAUCUCUGCUUGCCUGACAUUCGAAGCUUCAUAGAGCAACAAAUUACACUGGUGGCUAAAGGUCAAGCAGAUCAUUCUAUGGUUGUGCAGCACGUACUAGAACAGUUUAAACGGAAGUUCAGCUAUUUUGUAAAGCAGAUUGAGAAUAUGGAUGCAUUGUUUGAUGCCCAAUUUUCUCCACUGUCAGAGUCUGGCCGCCCACUAAGUAAAUGCGGUAAAUGCUUGCGCUAUAUGAAAUAUGUAUCUACCCAGCCAUCACGACUAUACUGCAACACUUGUGAGGAAGUUUAUUAUGUUCCUCAAAAGGGAACAAUAAAGCUGUACAAGGAACUAGCAUGCCCUCUGGAUAACUUUGAGCUAUUAUUGUUUAGCAUGCCUGGGCCAGAGGGAAAGUCAUUCCCUUUUUGUCCUUACUGUUACAACUGUCCCCCAUUUGAAGGCAUUGACACACUAUAUGGCGCCUCCAAAUCUGGUGGUGCUGCCAAGUUGGGGAAGGGAGUAGGAAUGCCUUGCUUUCUUUGCCCGCACCCGACAUGUCAGCAUUCCAUGAUAACGCAAGGGGUCUGUGCCUGCCCAGAGUGCAGCGGAACACUUGUCCUUGAUCCAGUUAGUGCUCCCAAAUGGAGGCUAUAUUGUAAUUCAUGCAAUUGUCUUGUCUUUCUGCCAGAAGGUGCCCAUCGGAUAACCACCACCCGGGACCGGUGUUCCGAAUGUGACUCCACCAUCAUAGAAGUUGACUUCAACAAGAAAACAACUCCAUUGAAGGAUGGAAACACGCUUCAUAAGGGAUGUAUUCUCUGCGAUGAUCUUUUGCAUUCUAUCGUGGAAGUGAAACAUGCAAAAUCAAUUUCUAGGUAUGGGAGGGGAAGGGGAAGAGGAAGAGGGCGUGGGAGGGGACGAGGGCAUGGUGGUAGGAGACAGGAUCCCAAAAUGAGUUUUCGAGACUUCUAGCUAGUCAGUGGCAGUUGAGUUUUAUGCUUUUAUUUUUUGUGCACGUUAAUGGGCUUUGAUUAGUCUUUUUUUCUUGGUAAAUUUCAUUUGCUAGAGUCGUAGAGAGUGGUAAACCUUCGGUCUUAUUUGCACUUGGCCUAAGCGUGUAUAAGCAGAUUUUCUAAAUAGUCAGGGCGUAGAUUGACUCAUUGACUUAUGUGAAGAGUGUCACAAGCGAGGGGUUUACGAUCAAAGUUCAAUUUAGGUCCUCUCAAAUAGUUGUUCGGCUAAUCCUGACUCUUGAGACCCUUAGGGAUGAAUUGUCAUCAUUUUUUGGAGAUUUUCUAAAUAUUAUAAAUUCAGAUAUAUUAUUCAUUAA